AUGGGAAAAGAGAAGCUUCACGUUAACGUCGUCGUUAUCGGACACGUCGAUUCCGGCAAGUCCACCACCACCGGUCAUUUGAUCUACAAGUGCGGUGGUAUCGACAAGCGUACCAUCGAGAAGUUCGAGAAGGAGGCUGCUGAGCUCGGAAAGGGUUCUUUCAAGUACGCCUGGGUUCUUGACAAGCUCAAGGCCGAGCGUGAGCGUGGUAUCACCAUCGACAUUGCCCUCUGGAAGUUCGAGACCCCCAAGUACUACGUUACCGUCAUCGAUGCCCCCGGACAUCGUGAUUUCAUCAAGAACAUGAUCACUGGUACCUCCCAGGCCGAUUGCGCCAUUCUCAUUAUCGCCGGUGGUACUGGUGAGUUCGAGGCUGGUAUCUCCAAGGAUGGUCAGACCCGUGAGCACGCUCUUCUCGCCUUCACCCUCGGUGUCAAGCAGCUCAUCGUCGCCGUCAACAAGAUGGACACCACCAAGUGGUCCCAGGACCGUUUCGAGGAGAUCAUCAAGGAGGUCUCCACCUUCGUCAAGAAGGUCGGUUACAACCCCAAGUCCGUUGCUUUCGUCCCCAUCUCCGGAUGGCACGGAGACAACAUGUUGGAGGAGUCCGUCAACAUGCCCUGGUUCAAGGGAUGGACCAAGGAGUCCAAGACCGCUUCCUCCAAGGGUAAGACUCUCCUCGAGGCUAUCGAUGCCAUUGAGCCCCCAUCGCGCCCCACCGAGAAGCCCCUUCGUCUUCCCCUCCAGGAUGUCUACAAGAUCGGUGGUAUCGGAACAGUUCCCGUCGGUCGUGUCGAGACCGGUAUCAUCAAGGCCGGUAUGGUCGUCACCUUCGCCCCCUCCAACGUCACCACUGAGGUCAAGUCCGUCGAGAUGCAUCACGAAGUCCUCGUUGAGGGUAUCCCCGGUGACAACGUCGGAUUCAACGUCAAGAACGUCUCCGUCAAGGAUAUUCGCCGUGGUAACGUCUGCUCUGACUCCAAGAACGACCCCGCCAAGGAGGCUGCUUCCUUCAACGCUCAGGUUAUCGUCUUGAACCACCCCGGUCAGAUCUCCAACGGAUACGCUCCCGUCUUGGAUUGCCACACCGCCCAUAUUGCCUGCAAGUUCGGCGAGAUCCUCGAGAAGAUCGAUCGUCGUACCGGUAAGGCCAUUGAGGAGUUCCCCAAGUUCAUCAAGUCUGGUGAUGCCGCCAUCGUCAAGAUGAUUCCCUCCAAGCCCCUUUGCGUUGAGUCCUUCCAGGAGUACCCCCCUCUCGGACGUUUCGCCGUCCGUGACAUGCGUCAGACCGUUGCCGUCGGUGUCAUCAAGUCCGUCGAGAAGACCGAUGGCAAGGGUGGCAAGGUCACCAAGGCCGCCCAGAAGGCUGGUGGCAAGAAGUAA